CUGCAGUUUCAGCUCUCUAAGUGUGUAUUGACUACGAUCUGCGUCCAUUCUGCGCUCAUGCGACACCUUUCACAGCGAGAUUAGCAGUGGUUAUCUUGCAUUCACUAACCGAGGGUAUCAAGUUGCAUUACUCUCCCAUCCCCUCGGUCAUUCAGAUCGAUUCCUGUUUCUGAACAAUCUUGCAAAACCUUUCAAAAAGGAUUCCAGCAGCGGGACAUGAUGUCUAAUCUUGAUGAGGCCAUCAAGCACCAUCGGACUGCAUUACUCCUCUGUCCCCCCCGCCAUCCAGACCGAGCCUCGUCUCUGACCAAUCUGGCAAGCGGCCUUCGAGACAGAUUCCUGCAGCGGGGCAUGAUGUCCGACCUUGAUCAGGCCAUCAAGCUCUAUCGCGCUGCAUUACUCCUCUGCCCCCCCGGUCAUUUAAAUCGAUCCGUGUCUCUGAACAAUCUUGCAAACAGCCUUCGGGACAGAUUCCGGCAGCGGGGCAUGAUGUCAGACCUUGAUCAGGCCAUCGAGCUUCAUCGCGCUGCAUUACUCCUCUGUCCCCCCAGUCAUUCACGUCGAUCCAUGUCUCUGGAAAAUCUUGCAAACAGCCUGAAAGAGAGAUUCCAGCAGCGGGGCAUGAUGUCUGACCUUGAUAAGGCCAUCGGGCUCCAUCGAGCUGCAUUACUCCUCCGUCCCCACGGUCAUCCAGAUCGAUCCUGGUCUUUGAACCAUCUCGCAAACAGCCUUGGAGAGAGAUUCCGGCAGCGGGGCAUGAUGUCUGACCUCGAUGAGGCCAUCGAGCUUCAUCGCGCUGCAUUACUCCUCUGUCCCCCCGGUCAUUCAGAUCGAUCCAUGUCUCUGAAUAAUCUUUCAAUCAGCCUUGGAGAGAGAUUCCAACAGCGCGGAAUCAUGUCUGACCUCGAUGAGGCCAUCGAGCUCCAUCGGGCUGCAUUACUCCUCCAUCCCCCCGGUCAUUCAGAUCGAUCCACGUCUCUGAACAAUCUUGCAAAUGGCCUUCGAGACAGAUUCCGGCAGCGGGACAUCAUGUCUGACCUCGAUGAGGCCAUCGAGCUCCAUCGGGCUGCAUUACUCCUCCGUCCCUUCGGUCAUUCAAAUCGAUCCUCGUCUCUCAACAAUCUUGCAAUCUGCCUCCAAGACAGAUUCCAGCAGCGGAGCAUCAUAUCUGACCUCGAUGGGGCCAUUGAGCUCUAUCGGGAUGCAUUACUCCUCCAUCCCCCCGGUCAUUCACAUCGAUCCUCGUCUCUGAACAAUCUUGCAAUCAGCCUUCGAGACAGAUUCCGGCAGCGGGGCAUCAUGUCUGACCUCGAUGAGGCCAUCGAGCUCCAUCGCGCUGCAUUGCUCCUCUGUCCCUCCGGUCAUUCACUUCGAUCCUCGUCUCUGAACAAUCUUGCAAUCAGCCUUCGAGACAGAUUCCGGCAGCGGGACAUCAUGUCUGACCUCGAUGAGGCCAUCGAGCUCCAUCGCGCUGCAUUACUCCUCCGUCCCUCCGGCCAUUCAGAUCGACCUUCGUCUCUGAGCAAUCUUGCAAUCAGCCUUCGUGACAGAUUCCAGCAGCGGGGAAUCAUGUCUGACCUCGAUGAGGCCAUCGAGCUCCAUCGGGCUGCAUUACUCCUCUUUCCCCCCCGUCAUUCAGAUCGAUCCAUGUCUCUGGACAAUCUUGCAAUCAGCCUUCGAGACAGAUUCCGGCAGCGGGGCAUGAUGUCUGACCUCGAUGAGGCCAUCGAGCUCCAUCGGGAUGCGUUACUCCUCCGUCCCCCCGGUCAUUCAGAUCGAUCCUCGUCUCUGGACAAUCUUGCACUCAGCCUUCAAGACAGAUUUCGGCAACAGAACGUCCAGUCUGACCUUGAAGAAGCAUUUGGCUUGUACUCAGAAUUCUCCCACCUGUCACAUGCAGCAUCUCGCACACAUCUUAGUGCUACCAAGUCAUGGGCGGCCUCCGCCGACGUCUGUAAUCAUCCAUCUGCUCUGCUUGCUUAUCAGGUUGCACUCACAUUCUUGGAUCAGCGAGUUGCCUUCCUGUCGUCUUCUUCGCAUCACUUCGACGUCAUCAGGGAGGCUGUCUCUUCUCUCGCUACGGAUGCUUUUUCAUGCAGUGUUCGUCGUGGUGCGUUGACGACUGCGGUGGAGUUGGUGGAGCAAGGUCGUGCAGUGUUCUGGACCCAGUUGGCACGCUUCAGGACAUCACUCGAUGAACUUUCUGUUUCAGGUGACGCCGGCAUAGCCUUGGCAGAAGAGUUCAAACGAUUGAGCUUUCGCCUUCGUAACGCGUUCGAUCAGUCUACAGAAGACCAGUCUCCGCAAAUUCGACCACUUACCAUGCAGUGGGAUGAAGUUGUCUCGCGCAUUCGCAUGCUCCCCGACUUUUCACGUUUUCUCCUACCUCCACUGUUUUCUGACCUCCAGAAGGCGGCCGAAGAUGGCCCAGUGAUCAUCGUCAAUGCCAGUCAGCGCAGCUGCGACGCCUUGAUCAUCCAUAGUGCGGGGGGUCCUGUCCAUGUUCCGCUUGACAUUACACAAGCCGAAGUGUUCGAAUCAUCCUCAGAGCUCCAAUCCCUCGCAGAGCAGUUUGGUUCUUCUGAUUGUGAACUCAAGCUUGUCAGCAUCCUUCGCAAGCUUUGGAAUGAUGUCAUUGACCCUGUAGUCCAAGCUCUCAGGGAGUCUGAAGUUCGCCCUGGUUCGCGUAUCUGGUGGUGUCCCACUGCUGAGUUCUCGCUACUUCCCCUCCAUGCAGCGGGACCAUACGAGAAGGGAAGAGACAAUUUAUUCGACAUUUACAUAUCCUCUUACACCCCCACUUUGGCAACUCUCGUUCGUGCAAGACAGCAGGUUUCUCGAGAUUCGUCAUCGCAACAUUUCGUCGCCAUCGGUCAAGGCAGCCCGGUUGAAGGGAAGGAGCUCAAAUGUGUCGCUCCUGAGCUAGCCGUCAUCGCUCAGCACGUUACUCCCGUCAUCUCCUUCACAUCCCUUGAGGAUGGCGACACAACAGUCGAGGGUGCACUCGAUGCACUCGACCGUAAUCAAUGGCUCCACCUUACCUGUCAUGGAAUGCCGAAUCGGACGCAGCCGUUCGAAUCUUCCUUCGCCAUGCGCGACGGGCCUUUAAUGAUCAAGGAUAUCAUCCGAUCCAACUGGCAGAACCCGCAGUUUGCAUUCUUAUCAGCCUCCCACACUACCGUUGGCGGCGAGGGGAGUCCUGAUGAGUCGAUCCAUCUUGCUGCAGCCAUGCAAUUCUGCGGAUUUCGCAGUGUGAUCGGUUCCAUGUGGUCUGUUGACGACGAGGUUGCACGCCAGGUCGUGUCUGCUUUUUACUGCAAGUUGAUUGGUGAUUCAAAAAGAUUGGACUGCACAGGCGCUGCGGUAGCCCUACACAAGGCUGUGAGAUCAUUGCGCAAGAAGAUUCCGUUAGAACAGCAGAUUGUAUUUGUCCACAUAGGUGUGUAGUUAGAGACUCGAUUCGCUAUAUUAUAUUAUUACAUUUGCUGUAUUUCUAGUUGUUUUCAUCCCCUCGCUCUGCUGUUGUUUACUUAUUUCUGCAUGAUACUUUCUUGUUCUGUACUGUACUAGUGGCACACACCGGGUCCUGUUGAAUAAAUGUGAUCUACUCC